AUGUAUCAGUACAAGUUGGGGGCUCAUCUGCUGGAGGGCAGCUCUGGGGAAAAGGACCUCCUCAUCCUGGUGGACAGCAGGCUGGCCAUGAGCCAACAAAGUGAGCUUGCAGCCAAGCUAAGAAAACAACAGCAACGUGGUGUUUUUCAGAUUGAUGGACUGGAGGAGAAGCUGGUGCAGUGCAAACAGAGCAUGGAGGAGCUGGAUCUGAAACUGCGCAAGAAGCUCAGCCCCGAAGGAAGAAAGUCACUGGAGAGGGAGAGAAACCUACUAAUGACCAAAGCUGACAACUAUGAGAAAGAGCUGAGUGUGCUUCGUAAGGAGAAUCGCAAGAAUGCUGCCCUCGCUGUGGCCAUGGGGUUGCUGGUUGCUCUUAUUUAUGCCUGCUGGACGAUGUGAUUGCACUCAAGAAUUCUCCCUCCUGACAAAAUGACUCUCCUGCAAGGAGCUCUUCCUCCUCUGUGCCUCCACUCAGGGUGAAGAUCAGCAUUUCAUAUUGCUGUUCUUGUUUAUCCUCUCCAAAUCUCAUUGUAGGGAAGCUUUUUCUCUGAGAAUUGAG